GCUCCAUCACAGCCGACAGUAAUCAGCAGUUCCAUUAGGUUAAUUUCCCCCUGAUUGAAUGAUGUAAUCCUCAUUGCCAGAAUUUUGUCCGAAAAUGACUGAAUACAUACUAAUAAUAAUGUGUCACGGUGAUCAAUGAGUAAAAUUACUUAUUGAACCGCUCUGAAAACAGGAAGAUGUAGUUGUAUUUCUGCUCCAGAAGAUGCUUGUUUUAACAAAUACAUGUUUGGGCUCAUUUCCUCAAAUGGCCUCUAGGGGGCAGUGACGACCAAAGCCUCUCCGUGAAAGCCCGAACACGAAGAAGAAAACGACCGUUUCUUUCGCAGGCAACCGUAAAGUUGCUUAAUUUAGUCCACGGUGACAUAAAGUUUCCAUUACGAAUGUAUUAGCGACUCGUAUGUUAGCAGAUAAUACAAAUAUACAUAAUAAUAAACCGCGGCUGCUGAAUGAAACCCGUGGGACGUAAGUUACCCACUACGCCUGCGCACUCCAAAGCAAAACAUCGAGCCGCCCUUCUCCUCCUUCUCCUUCUUCUCCGCCAACUUGCACCGCAGGGUUGUGCGGACGUCGACUCCCAACGACCCCCCCGCGAUAAUUUGCUCACCGUAUUGGACAUUUAGCGACGUAGAAAUGGAGAGCCUGUACCGCGCGGAAAACGACUCCCUCCUCCUGCUGCCGUCUCUUCGCCUCUUCAUCCCUCCCCUGCGCCUGGUGUCGGCGGCCAUGUGGCAGGUGGUCCAGCGGGGCAGCGUGCAGGACUACGGCACGGUGGAGGAGUUCGUCAGCACGGUGUCGGAAAUUGUACCCGAGCUUCUGAACGCGGACCAGAAGGCUCAGCUCCUGUUGGGACUCAGGGCGCGGGUGGUUCUGGAGCUGUGUCGGGCCGAGCAGAUCCGAGACACGGAGACCAUCGAGCUGCACCUGGAGCGGAUCAGGGCCCUCGUGUCCACCUGGGCGGCGCAGCCGUGUUUCGCAGAGGUCGAGUUCCCCGAGUCCCACUUUGUGGAUCAAAUCGAGCUCCUGUUGAAAGACGCCGACGAGAAGGAGAAGUUUUUCCAGGAUGUUUUUCCCGUGGACUUUGGGCCUGAGUACGACGGCGCGCUGCAGGUGCUCAUGCUGGACUUCCUCUCCAGGCUGGAGAAGCUUCUUCCCGUCCCGGACAUCCAGCAGACGGCGUCCAUGCUCGGCGCCGUCCCGUCCGCCCUGGAGGAGUGCGUCCACUCUGUUCCCGACCCGCAGCACCUGAGGACCGUGCUGCUGCACCACACCGCGCUCGGACACAUGGACCUACCCGAUGAGACUCAGACCAUUCCUUCCUCCUUCGGGAACUGCAUCCUCUCCUCGCUGUCCCUCCCGCAGCUGGAGAAGGUCGUGAUCGACGCGGAGCAGCCGGAGCAGCUCCAGGGCUGCGUGACGGUGCAGGUGGAGGGCGAGACCGUGACGCUGCUGGACUACAUACAGAUCCAACAGCCGCCGGGUUUGGUGGAGCCCGACUACGACGACGAGGAGGAGGAGGAGGAGGAGGAGGAGGAGGAGAACGAACUGAACGAGGAGGAAGCGGCCGCGGAGACGGGCGACGCCCUGACGCCGGCGGCGUUUCAGCCGCUGAAGCGGAGCAAAAAGCUCCAGCCGAAGAGGAACGCCGCGGAGGAAACGGACGCGGCGUCGGCGAAGAGGCAGAGGAAGAAAUACUCUGGCGAUAAGACGUGUCCCGUGUGCAACAAGAUGUUCCUGCGGGCGGCGGCCAUGCGGCGCCACCAGGAGACGCACUCCUCCAACCGCGAGUUCAAGUACAAGUGCGCCGACUGCGACAAGCGCUUCAGGGACCAGUACGACAUGAACCGGCACAGCAUGCGCGUCCACGAGAAGGACGAGGCGGACGGCGGCGCCAAGGAGGAGGACGAGGCGGCGGGCGACGCUCCCGACGGGUCGGAAAACAAGAACUGCGCCCUGUGCGGGAAGUAUUUUGGCCGGCGGGUGGACAUGGAGCGGCACAUGCGGUCGCACUCGGAGGAGCGGCCGUACGACUGCUGCUUCUGCGAGAAGAAGUUCAAGAACCCGUACGUCCUGAAGAGACACCAGCAGGAGAUCUGCAAGAGCCGAGAGCUGAAGAGGCCGAAGAAGAGGGAGGCGCCGCGCGCCAAGCCGCCGCCGCCGGCCGAGGGCCCCGCCGAGGGCCCCGCCGAGGGCAAGGUGUGCCCCAUCUGCAGCCGGGUGCUGCCCUGCACCGCCGACAUCGCCAAGCACCUGCGCUCGCACACGGAGGAGCGGCCCUUCGUCUGCGUCGGCUGCGAGAAGGGCUUCAAGUACAAGGACACGCUGAAGAAGCACCAGAUCAUCCACGGCCACGAGGGCGUCCGCGAGGAGCCGAGCAAGACGGCGGAGCAGAUCCUGGCGGAGGCCGACGCGGAGAGGAGAGACGCCGACGCGGCGGCGGCGCCCGCGCAGAGAGCCAAGAGGACGGCCGCCGCGGUCUGCCCCGUCUGCUCCCGGGCCUUCGACAGCGUCAAGACGCUGAACCGCCACGUGCAGAGCCACACGGAGGAGCGGCCGUUCCACUGCGUCCACUGCAAGAGGCGCUUCAAGCACAUGCACGGCCUGAAGCGCCACCAGGUCUACGCCAUCUGCCACAAGAAGGUCGCCCGCUUCUCGUGGAAGAAGGGGGCGGGGCCGAGCGCCGGCGACGCGGCGGCGGGCGACGGCGACGACCCGCCGAUGAUCCCCGUGUGGUGCUCCGACUGCGGGCAGCACUUUGAGUACCCGGCGGCGCUGAAGCAGCACCAGGAGGACGUGUGCCGGCCGGAGGCGAGCGGCGCCACGCGCUGCGCCGACUGCGGCACGGAGUUCAAGAGCGUGACGAUGCUCAAGGUGCACCGCAGGAUCCACGACCCGCUCUACUGCGCCGAGUGCGGCAAGAUCCUGGCCAGCGAGCCGGCGUUCGAGCGCCACAAGCUGAUGCACCGGCCCAUGCCGUGCACCAUGUGCGACGAGGCCUUCACGCUGCUGCGCCGGCUGCGCGAGCACUACGACAAGCGCCACGCCUUCUCCGGGCCGUACCCGUGCGCCCAGUGCGGCAAGACCUUCGCGCAGCUGUCCUACCUCUCCAUCCACCAGCGCAUCCACCAGGGCGAGUUCCCGUACGCGUGCGCCGCCUGCCCCGAGAAGUUCCGCUCGUCCAACUGCCUGACGGUGCACCGGCGGAAGCACACGGGCGAGAAGCCCUUCCUGUGCUGGCAGUGCGGCAAGCGCUACCGCUCGGCCUCGGAGCUCACGGUGCACAUGGGCACGCACUCGGAGGCGCGGCCGUGGGCGUGCGCGCAGUGCGCCGCGGCGUACCGCACCAAGCUGCAGCUCGCCAACCACGUGGAGCAGGUGCACGUGGGCGUGCGCUACCCGUGCGGCGGCUGCGGCAAGCGCUUCAUGAAGGAGACGUCGCUGAAGCGGCACGAGCUGAUCCACACGGGCGAGCGGCCGCACCAGUGCACCGUGUGCGGCAAGACCUUCCUGACCGCCAACGAGCUGCGGCUGCACACGCGCUACCACACGGGCGAGCGGCCGUACAAGUGCGAGGAGUGCGGCAAGGCCUUCAUCCAGUCGGGCUACCUGAAGUCGCACAUGCGCAUCCACACCGGGGAGAAGCCGUUCACGUGCGACGUCUGCGACAAGGGCUUCCGUCUGUCGUACCACAUGAAGAAGCACCGGCGGACGCACGCCGGCAAGCCCAAGGGCUGCGUGUGCGAGGAGUGCGGCGCGGCGUUCCUCCACAAGAAGUCGCUGUGGGAACACUCGCUGGGCCACGACGUCAAGGCGGAGCCGGCGCUCACCGGAGAAGUCAGGAUCGAAUUUCAAUAGUGUGUGUGUGUGAGAGAGAGAGAGUGUGAGAGAGAGAAUGAUGUAGUGUGUGUCAGAGAGAGAGAGAGUGUGUGUGUGUGUGUGUG